CUGGCCUUAAAGGGGACGCGGCCCUUGUGGUGGCUCGCGGGGUGGCCUCCGCUCCGGCUCCGCCCCGCUUCCCGCACCUCGCCCCUCCCCCCGCGGCAUCCCGCAGCCGCCGCCGCGCCGCAGAGUCUGGCUGUCUGAGUACAGUCUUGUGCAGAGCAGGGUGGAGACACUGGACUUUGCAGUGGAAGCAGCAUCCCUGCUGUCUGGGAUCUGCGGAGGGUGUCCCUGUCCCGCAGGGAGCUAAGGAUCCGCCCUGACCUAGCCCAGCCCAGUCUAGUCCUGCCCAGCUUGAGCGCCCCGCCCAGGAGCCAGCUCUGAGGCCGGGGCCACUGGGGUCUGGGAGCACAGCCACCAUGGACAAGAUCCUGGAGGCGGUGGUGACCUCUUCUUACCCCGCAAGCGUGAAGCAAGGACUGGUGCGGCGCGUACUGGAGGCGGCGCGGCAGCCGCUGGAGCGAGAGCAGUGCCUGGCGUUGUUGGCGCUGGGCGCGCGCCUCUACAUGAGCGGCACGGAAGAGCUGCCGCGCCGUGUGGGCUGUCAGCUGCUGCACGUGGCCGGCCGCCACCACCCCGAAGUCUUCGCCGAGUUCUUCAGCGCGCGCCGCGUGCUGCGACUGCUGCAGAGUGGCUCCGGCCCGCCGGGCGCCCGCGCUCUGGCCUGCAUUCAGCUGGGGUUGCAGUUGUUGCCUGACGGGCCCGCAGCGGACGAGGUGUUCGCGCUGCUGCGGCGAGAGGUGCUGCGCACUGUGUGCGAACGCCCGGGGCCCGCAUCCUGCGCGCAGGUGGCGCGGCUGCUGGCACGACAUCCGCGAUGCGUGCCUGAUGGCCCGCACCGCCUGCUCUUCUGUCAGCAACUGGUGCGUUGCCUCGGCCGCUUCCACUGCCCCGCCGAAGGCGAGGAGGGCGCCGUGGAGUUCCUGGAGCAGGCCCAGCAGGUGAGCGGGCUCCUGGCGCAGCUGUGGCGCGCACAGCCCGCGGCCAUCCUGCCCUGUCUCAAGGAACUGUUCGCAGUCAUCUCCUGCACAGAGGAGGAGCCACCAUCUAGCGCCCUGGCCAGUGUGGUCCAGCACCUCCCCUUGGAGCUCAUGGAUGGCAUCAUCCGGAACCUCAGCAAUGAUGACAGUGUGACGGAUUCCCAGAUGCUGACUGCCAUCAGCAGGAUGAUCGACUGGGUGUCCUGGCCCCUGGGGAAGAACAUUGACAAAUGGAUCAUUGCACUGCUCAAGGGCCUGGCUGCUGUUAAGAAGUUCAGCAUCUUGAUCGAGGUUUCGCUCGCCAAAAUUGAGAAGGUCUUCUCCAAGCUGCUGUACCCCAUUGUCCGGGGAGCUGCCUUGUCUGUUCUCAAAUACAUGCUCCUGACUUUCCAACACUCUCAUGAGGCUUUCCACCUGCUCCUUCCCCACAUCCCCCCGAUGGUGGCCUCUCUGCUCAAGGAGGACUCCAACUCUGGGAGCAGCUGCCUGGAGCAGCUGGCAGAGUUGGUCCACUGCAUGGUGUUCCGGUUCCCUGGCUUCCCGGACCUGUACGAGCCCAUCAUGGAGGCCAUCAAGGACCUCCAUGUUCCCAAUGAAGACCGCAUCAAGCAGCUGCUGGGGCAGGAUGCGUGGACCUCACAGAAGAGUGAGCUGGCUGGCUUCUACCCCCGGCUCAUGGCCAAAUCUGACACGGGCAAGAUUGGGUUAAUCAACCUGGGCAACACAUGCUACGUCAACAGCAUCCUUCAGGCAUUGUUUAUGGCUUCUGACUUCAGACACUGUGUGCUCCGUUUGACUGAGAACAACUCCCAGCCCUUGAUGACCAAGCUGCAAUGGCUCUUUGCUUUCCUAGAGCACAGCCAGCGGCCUGCCAUUUCUCCAGAGAACUUCCUUUCUGCUUCCUGGACACCCUGGUUCAGUCCCGGCACCCAGCAGGACUGCUCAGAGUAUCUGAAGUACCUGCUGGAUAGGCUGCAUGAGGAGGAGAAAACUGGGGUGAGGAUCUGCCAAAAGCUCAAGCAGUCCAGCUCGCCCUCCCCGCCUGAGGAGCACCCUAGCCCAAGCUCAACCUCUGUGGAGAAAAUGUUCGGAGGCAAGAUUGUGACUCGGAUCCGCUGCCUCUGCUGCCUCCAUGUCUCCUGCAGGGAGGAGGCCUUCACUGACCUCUCCCUUGCCUUUCCUCCACCUGAGCGCUGCCGCCGCCGCCGCCGCCUGGGCUCAGUGAUGCUCCCAGUGGAGGAGGUUCGAGCCCAGGACCUCCCACCACCACCUGUAUCCCAGACCCUGAGCCAGGAGGGUUCUAGGAGGCAAAGGAAACACUGCAUCACCUGGGACGCCCCUCCCACUGUCUUGGACAUCGCUGGCCUUAGCUCCCAGGGGGCUGUGGAGGAGAAUGAGGGGCAGCAGGUGAACAGAGAGGAGGAAAAAGUGGAGCAAACAGAGAAGGAGAGAGAAGUGGGACAGGAAGAGGACAAUGAGGAAAGGACGAAGGAGAAGGGGAAGAAGGACGAUGAAGUGGAGGAGGAGGAAGAGAAAGUGGAGAAGGAGAAGGAAAAGGAGGCAGAGGAUGAGAAAGAGAAGGUGGUGGACAGCCACGGACCAGGCACCCCCAGGGAUGCUACCACCUCCUCCGUGGAGCAGGUGUGUGGCCCUGAGGGCUCCCGCUCAGUCCUGGACCUGGUCAACUACUUCCUGUCUCCCGAAAGGCUGACCGCGGAGAACCGCUACUACUGCGAUUCCUGUGCCUCCCUGCAGGAUGCCGAGAAGGCGGUGGAGCUGAGCCAGGGGCCUCGCUACCUCAUCCUGACGCUGCUGCGCUUCUCCUUUGACUUGCGCACCAUGCGGCGCCGCAAGAUCCUAGACGAUGUUUCCAUCCCCCUACUGCUGCGCCUGCCACUGGCAGGUGGCCAGGGCCAGGCCUAUGACCUCUGUAGUGUCGUGGUGCACUCUGGCGUGUCCUCCGAAAGUGGCCACUACUACUGCUACGCCCGCGAGGGGGCUGCCCGCCUUCCCCCUUCUCUGAGCUCUGUGGACAGGCCAGAGCCUGAGAACCAGUGGUACCUGUUCAAUGACACUCGAGUGUCUUUCUCCUCCUUUGAGUCGGUCAGCAACGUCACCUCCUUUUUCCCCAAGGACACAGCCUACGUGCUUUUUUAUCGGCAGAGGCCUGGGGAAGGGCCUGAGGCUGAGCCUGGCUCCCCCAGGGUCCGGGCAGAGCCCACCCUCCAUAAGGACUUGAUGGAGGCCAUUUCCAAAGACAACAUCCUUUACCUGCAGGAGCAGGAGAAGGAGGCCCGGAGCAGGGCGGCUUACAUUUCUGCACUUCCGGCAUCUCCCCACUGGGGGAGGGGCUUUGACAAAGACAAGGAUGAGGAUGAAGGCUCUCCAGGGGGCUGCAACCCUGCAGGUGGCAAUGGUGGUGACUUCCACAGACUGGUCUUCUAAUGUGAACCCUGCCCACC